AUGGCGAUCUUAUAUGCGUUGGUGGCUCGUGGAAAGGUGGUGUUAACGGAGUUCAGCGCGACUUCGACCAACGCGAGCUCAAUCGCGAAGCAGAUUUUGGAGAAGCUGCCUGGAGACGACGACGAUAGCCACGUGUCCUACUCUCAGGACCGGUACGUCUUCCACGUCAAGCGAACCGAUGGCCUUACCGUCCUCUGUAUGGCCGAUGAAACCGCCGGAAGGAGCAUUCCGUUUGCGUUUCUGGAAGAUAUUCAUCAGAGAUUUGUGAGAACAUAUGGCCGUGCAAUUCACACGGCUCAAGCUUAUUCCAUGAAUGAUGAGUUUUCAAGAGUAGUGAGCCAGCAGAUGGAAUACUAUUCGAAUGAUCCAAAUGCAGACAGGAUGAGCAGAAUUAAAGGUGAAAUGAGUCAGGUUAGAAACGUUAUGAUUGAGAAUAUCGAUAAAGUCUUGGACAGAGGGGAGCGUUUGGAGUUGCUAGUUGAUAAAACCGCAAAUAUGCAGGGGAACACUUUUCGUUUCAGAAAGCAAGCUCGCCGUUUCAGAAGCGUCAUGUGGUGGAGAAAUGUCAAGCUUACGAUUGCUCUGAUACUUAUACUCUCAGUGGUUGUAUACAUCGCGAUGGCCUUUGUUUGCCACGGGCCAAGCCUUCCUUCUUGUUUCAAGUAA